CAGUCGUACAGUACGCGCUGCUUGCUGCUCCGAGCAAAUAAAUAGAUCGCCAACCUUUUGCAUACUUCUUUCAACUCUUUUCUAGUAGUGCUUUAACAAUGAAAACGUGUGCAGUGUGUAAUGUGAAAUUCAACGAUGGCGUUCAAUGUGGAAGCUGUAAAAAACACCUGGACUUUGAAUGUGCAAAUAUAUCCGAGGUUGGAUGGAGAAAGCUGGGUGCUACAAGGAUGGCACAGUGGAAGUGCUUAGCCUGUAAAACUUCGUCUCCAGCCGUACCAACUUCUGAUCAAGCUUCCCUUGAAACCAUCCUCAGUGAGAUACGGGACAUGAAACGCCAACUGAUUAAUUUGCCGACACUAAUCGAUGACAUCAAGGUUAUUAAGGAGGAGCUAUCCGAUCUGAAGUCGACAUGUGAGGGAACCAGUGGCAAACUUGAAGAAUUUGAUUUAAGAAUUGCUGAAGUCGAAAAUAAAGUCUCAGAGAUUGACAAGAUGCAAGAGACUAUUAAUGAUCUUCAAACAGAAUUAUCCAGAGCUAAGUUCGAAAUUGCAUCAUUUGACCAGCGCUCCCGGUUAAAUAAUAUCGAAAUUAAGGGUGUUCCUAUAAAGAAAGAUGAAAAUUUAUUCUCGAUUAUUGAUGCGAUUGGCCGGAAAGUGAACUAUAGUUGCCCCAAAACCCUGAUUAAUUACGUCUCGAGGGUGCCCAUUUUCAAUUCUAACGAAAAACUUAUUGUCGUGGGCUUCUUGAACAGAUACGUCAAGGAGGACUUUAUAGCGGCCGCAAGAGCAGUAAAGGACCUGUCCACAACCGACAUUGGAUUUCAAGGCACAUCUCGGCGCAUAUUUGUCAAUGAUCAUCUUAGUGUAGAAUAUAAGAAGCUACUGAGUAAAACCAAAACUAUUGCCAAAGAAAAAAACUACGAAUUUAUUUGGGUGAAACAUGGCAAAAUUCACGUACUCAAAAACACCAACUCAAAGGUUCUAAUAGUGAGGAAAGAAUCGGAUUUAAACAAAAUUGCUUAAUAUGUUAUUUAUACUACAUUAUACAAUCAUCGCUACUACUUUGCUUUGUCAUAACUCAUUUCACUAUACUAAGUUGUUACAAAUUGUUUAGCACCUCUGCUACACUAAUGAACCGGUUACCAUUCUCUUGUUCGUUAGUAAAAAUUCCACUAUAUUGCUUAUCGCGCUGUUUACUUCAAUGCGUCAAAACUAAAAAUAUGCUUAACUCUUUCUUACCUGUACGAUCCAUACGUUAUUGCUUGUUUGCUCACACAGUUGUUUACCACUCAAAGUCGAAUAUUACCCUCACGCUAAUUAAACUAUUGGUAAUUUGCUUACAACAAACAUAUUUAUUUGUCUUCGACAUUGUAUCGGUUAUUCAUAUGCUUUUUAAACGACUUUUAU